AUGGGUGCCGACGGCGCUUCCAGCGAGGCGGGCGACUCCGUCGUCGGCGCUGGGGGCGGCGGCGGUCCGGUUACGGUCCACGUCCGCUGCUCCAAUGGGUCCAAGUUCUCCGUCCUGGUGUCUCUAGAUUCCACCGUGAGAUCCUUCAAGGCCAUCGUUGCAGAAAAGUCGGACGUGCCUGCCGAGCAGCAGCGCCUAAUCUACAAGGGUCGGAUCUUGAAGGACGAGCAAACCCUAGAGAGCUACGGUAUUGUUUCCUUUCAAUCUUUUAAUGAAGCACGAUCCGUUGAGAUAUUCAAUGUCGGUCAACCGCUUUGGGUCAAUUAUGCUGUCAUCGCGUCCUGGUCAUGAUUUAUAUCCGAUAUUUCGUUUUUGGUAGAAUCUUUCCACGACGACACUGCAAUUUUUUCAGAUGGAAUAUUGAUAACAGAUGACUAGAAGAUAUCCAGCGAAUUCCUCGUGCACAUUAAAGCUUGUAGUUUUUGGAGCAUUUGUUUUGUUGUUGUUUUGUUUUGAUGGGGACUGUGAUAUCAUAGGACUAUGCCUGUUAUGCAUGUUGAUACUCGAAUCGAUAAUUGCUUCUUUUUUUCAUUCUGUUUAUUGGUGCAUAUUUACCAGUCUAUUUUGGUUGGACUUAAAAAUAUGCCCCCCCAUGUUACUUUCCUUUCUUGGAAAAGGAAUCCUGAUAUUUUUUGUGUGUAGCUGAAAUUUAAUCUUUUGAUCACCUUAUCUGCUUCCUCUUAUCUGAAAAUCCCGGACAUCUGAUUGGGUUGAGAUCAUAUAUGAUGAUCUAAGCUGGUACUAUACGGCUUUUUAUCAAUCAACUUUUGAGUAUUUCAUGGUGGUUCCGACGAAUUGUGAAGUGUUACAUUUUUUAUAUUUGUGGAUACAUCAUUGAAAUGACCAUUCCAACAUCUCCUCCAGGCUCUACUGAGUUAUCUGUUUGAUUGAUAUAGAUAUGUGAUAUUUACACCGUCGGUUAUAGAAUGUUGACUUUGAUGAUAUUCUAUUUUGUUAAGAUUACAACUGGAACUUGUUUUGAUUAGUCUGGCAGAAACCAGCAACUAGAAAUCAGAGGUUGCCCUUGCCUCUUCAAAUUGAUAGAGCAAGAUUCAGAAAACGUGCCAUUCAUUAGUUUCUCUCAGAAAUGUGAUGAAAACAUACUUGAGGUUAAUGCUAUGUUGCAAGCUGUCUAGUUUACUUUGUGAUAUUCUUUUAGAUCCUUGAUAGCAGAUUAUAUCCUGUGCCACUUGGUAGUUGUCUGGUACUGAGGCCUGAUGUAUACCUUUAUCAGAUUGAGGUGCCUUGUAUUUUCUCACUGCUGUUAACUACCUAUCACUUUUGGUCAGUUUACCUUUUUUGGGAGGGGAGGGGAGGGUAGCCAUCUACAUAAGGGAUUAUUUGGUGAAGAUAAAAAAAAUUUAAAUCUGUUAAUCACAUUCGAUCAACUAAUUCAGGGUCACGCGGGGUUUUUUAUGGCCAUCCUUCUUCCAACCAAAGGAAGAUCAUGGAAUGAUGAAGAGACAUAGUGCCCAAAGGAAAACUUUAAACUUUUCUAAGAAUUACUGGCCCAGGAAGGGUAGUGAUUGUGAAAGGAAGAAACAUUUGAAAACAUGGAAGAAAAUAUGCCAUCGCUCUACUGCCCAUUGUUGCCUACUACUGCUUGUCGAGGCUCUGUAGCCACCCAUCAUGCUCACUUUCUGUCCUGGUUUCCUCAAGAAUGGAGCAAAGAUCGGGACAGUGGAAGAGUACUUGAAGAUGCUGAUUUUUUUUUUUCUAAAUGCCACAUGAAAGAAAGAAAGCUUUUUGUACCCAUUUCGUUUUGUUCAUAAGCAUAUUCGUGAAAAUAAUCAUAAUUUCCUGUUUUUUACCUGUAUCAGCCAUUUUCCCUGGGAUUAGUUGGCCAGUUGAUCUAAUCUGAUCUGAUUUAAUCUCGAUGGUAAUAUUGCCGCACAAUCUAGGCUUUGAUUCCUUUCUGUAGACUCUGCAUGUGAUAUACUUCUAGUUCGAAUUGCUCACAUUGAUGCCGUCGUUUCCUAUUGACAGUUUUUUUGGAAUUUUCUGACUUCAAGAAGUUUUUUUCAAAACCAGAGAGAUUCAUCUUAAGUGUAAGUUCGAUUUGGAAGUUGUUGAGAUUUAUCUUAGUGUUCUGGCGCAUAUUUCUGAUGUGCCUAUUGCUAGAAUCCCCUGCACCUUUCUGCAGAAUUUCAUCGUCCAAUGGGAUGUCCCACAUGAAGGCAGGUCAAAAGCAGUUAAGUUAUUAAUGAAUUAUGGAAUAACUGGGAUGAGUAAAAUCUGUUAAAUCUUAAAGCAGUAGACUGGGAAUGUGUUUAAAAAUUGACCUCCUCCUGAGGAUUUCCUUGUUACUUCAAAGAAGAGAUGGUUAUUGUAAGGAAACAGUUAGAAGGAUGCACGAAGAACAAAAUGGUACUUGAGAUACGUUUUUAUCCUUUAGUAUGCGAUCAGUAUCCCCAAUUUGUUUCCAGAGUACUAAUUGGCUUUUCGAGCACAUGAUCUGCAUUCCAAUAGAUUGCAAAUUUUAAUCACUGAGUGCACAGUGAAUUCUACGACUCUAAUGCGAUCUAUUUAGAAACCUCACUGGACCCCUGAACAGGGCUCUCUUCUAAUAUUCAGGAGGUUUAGGUUUGAUUGAUAUCAAUAUGUUUUAAUUGAUAGUUCAGUUCUGCCUUAGCCUCCCUUAGUUAUUUAAAUGAAACAAGAGAACCAUCUAUAGAAGUCUUAACCCGGGCACAUUUUUGACUCGAUCUGGAUAUUACACUGGCUGAUUUGAUAAUCUUGCUCCAUAGGUUUCCAAACAUAGGAAAAUCUUGACUAUUGUCAAGGACUGUGGCUUCAUUGAAGAAUAAUCGCAGAUUCCUAAUCUUGCACUGUCUGAUUUGUGCGCUUUCAAGUAAGAAAUCUGAAUGGUUAUUUUAGUCCAAUAAUCCAAUUCACUCCGAAGAAAAAAAAGAGGCUAUUUUGGGAGGAAAGUUGGACUGUAAAAAAUAAAAAGAUUACAAAUCAGAAGAAUCUGAAAGAUGUUCUACAACAGUACAUCUGCUGAUCUAUGUUGGUAUUGGCUAGCUCUGAUCAAGUGGUCCAACAUGAUUCUGUCUUCCUUUUUCGUCAGUCCAAAAGUUUCAGUAUCACAUCAUUGCAUUGAUUAUUUUUACAGAAAAAAGUGCUCAUUUUCGCUUUCAAGUGCCAUGCUCAGAUUAAUGAUUCAUGCCUUCCUUUAUUGAUUGGACACUGUGUGCAUUCCAAAAUUCGAUCUAUUUCUUGUUAUAGUUGUGAUAGUUCCAUAUUGAAAUGUGAGCCAGGUGGUUUUAUACUUGUCAUUCCUUCCCUUCAGUUUUUAGACAAUGACAUUUGCUGAAUCCAAAAUAAGGAAGUUCAAAGUAAGCCCAGCCCGUGACUGUUUUCAUUCCUGAUCUGCCAAAAGACAAGUGCUGAUAUUCAAGCACCAGAUUGAAAGAGCCCAUUGGAAUAUCCUACUUUUUGGACACCGGGGAAAUCCAUAAGCACAAUUUUAACAAGGAUUCAUAUCGCAGAAUUUCUCUUGUUUUGUGGAAAUCUUUGCAUGGUAUUUUCCGAUUAGUACUUCUUUGUUCUCUCCAACUCCUUCCCUAGUUAUUGGUGGAUGCGGAACUAGUAUCAUUUCCAAACGAUUUCUUUGUGUAGAAACGUUCUGGAUCGAAAUUAUUUCCAAACAAGGAUGGAGGAUUUUUGUUAGCAGAAGUCUAUUUGUUCCACAUCAUUUGCUCAGUAGUGGUGGAGACAGUAUUGUGAAAUUGUAACAACGGUAGAACGUUGACAUCAUAUUUUCUGUCUGAGAGUUAUGCUGGAUAUUGAUAAAGUGUCGUCUACUUGUAAAGUUGGUGGCAGCUCCCACUCUGAAAACGGAAAGCCUUAGAAACCCUGUAUGUUUCAGUUUUCUCGUCCACGAGUUGUUAGUGCACUGCCUUACACUAUGUCGCUUCAUCGUGUGUGAUAUAAGUUUCUCAUGCAUGCUGUCAUCUUCAUUUUCUAGUGCACUCAGAUUUGAGGACAGUGCUGAUUAAUUUUUCGUAGUAAUUUUCGUCCCCACUCGCAGACUGUUUUAUUUCGAUUGCAGACUGUAUUUAUUUACUCCUUUAGAUUAACAUGUGUACCAGUGUUGCCUUCCGUUGGUUAUUUACUCCUUUAGAUUAACAUGUGUACCAGUGUUGCCUUCCGUUGGUUAUUUACUCCUUUAGAUUAACAUGUGUACCAGUGUUGCCUUCCGUUGGUUUAUCAGUCUCUGUAUGUAGUUCUUAUUUUCAAGCUGAUAUUUAUCUCUCUGCCUACUUAUCCAUGGUUUUGAAGUAAAGGCCAAUUUGUAUUUACGUUUAGACAUUAGUUUCAUUGAUUUUAUUUCGAUUAGUUCUUACUUGUGCUUUUAUAGGUCGGAUAUCAGUUUCACAUACAGGUGUAAAACACUAUCCAUUAAUCUGUAAAUGGGCUAUAUGUUCCACUUGAGUGGUCUGGAUCUUGAGAAUUUUUUUGGAAGCAAAGCCAAUUUUCACCCAUGGAUUAGGACAUUGUGGGGUUGCGAUUUCUCAACCUUGAUAGGGUUUUCUAAUUGCAUUUAGUUGAAGUUUCUGUGAAUGCUGCGUUUGACAAGCAUUUUACUGUUAUUUGUCAUUUAAACGUGCCAAAUAAACUUUUAAGAUAUCAUAAUUGAUAUAGGUAAAGCUGUGGCACUUUACUUUUAAAUUUUGGGAUUUUUUACCAAAUUUUCUUUAGUGCAAGGGGACAUGUCCCACUAACCUAUUGGAGAAGAUUCUUCGUUCACCUAUGAUGAUCCUGGACUAGCAUUCCCUGAUUGUGAAGGGAAAAACUAUUUUCUUUACGUACUAACUUCUUUUUUUCCCCUUCACAUUUUUCCUGGGGUUGGAAAUGCUCGAUACAUUUGUAUUUUCUUUUUAAACCUGGGAGUUGACAUUAGGGGUCAUGAUAACUCAUCUUUUAGAUGUGGGCCCUUCAUAUCCUGAUUUGUAUCUUCAUCUUACUAGAAUCUCAGGACUUCAGAUGCAAGUAUUCAAGUAGAGAGUGGCUGCAUUUUGCACUGAGAGUAAUUACAUAUUGAGUCGACAAUGUAUCAAUUUGCCAAGCUGGAGAGUUCGGAUCCGAUUUGUCGGUUACUUUCUUACUGUCGUACAUGGAUUUAUUUUAGUAUAAAAUGCAAACAAAUUAGGGUUCAUUAAUUCGUAUCUGAUUGAUCGCUUUGAGAAUGCUAAAAUUAUGAGUGAUUGAGGAAAUUUUGUAUUGUGUAAUGUGCGCUACUUUUAUGAUGAUUGGCUUAGCACCUGAGGCCCACUAAUACAACUGGAAGACUCUGCCUUGCUCAUUUUUGGAUAUCGCUACCGAGAUUAUGAUUCCAGUACCGUCCUUAUCAAACAACGUGGGAUCCUUGGUGAUCCCGUUUGGAUUCUAGUCCUUCAGUGUCCUACCUGUCUUUGUUGAACUUCCCAUGGUGUCACUAUCUUGCAUGGAUGGAUUCCUGGAACUUUGCCCUGAAGACUCUCCCAUGUGAGAAAUCCUGCUUUAACCUUGAUCCUGACAGAAUCGCAUCUUAAUUUCUGUGUCAAGACCGAUUCAGUGUUGAAUUGAAACUUCAAAGAGAUCAUUUUUAACCAAAAUUUACUUACAUGAUAAGUGCCCAGAAACCUCGGCUUGAACUCAGCUCAGGUCUAUGCAUAAGACCCCUCUGGAAACAAGAGAUUCUCUUUCACUAACUAGUCCGACAAUCCUGACUUAGAUAACGGGUCAAAAUCGUGUGACUUUGACAAAGUUGGUUGCUGUCCCAAAGACACUGCACUGACGAGAACACGAGGAAAAUUUCUACUGAUGAACGCAUUCCAUUUUGAAGAUUUAAGUGAUUUUUUUAAAAGAAAAUGGAAUUAGAGAGGGAUUAGUGUUCUGCAAGAACUUGAAGAUAAGUAUUCGAUCCGUUUGCCGAAAAGUUGACUUUGGAAGUUGACUUUGGAAUGUCACAUUGGUUCAACCUACCGUUUAGAAUUAAGGCGAAGAUCUCUUCUUCCUUCCUCUCCGCUCUCGUCUUUUUUGUUUUGUUCCGUGUUAGAAAUCAACAUUUGUAAUUGACAAAUAAUAACUCGUCAAGUAAGGUCAAGGUUAACAAUCCAAACACUCUCUAGUGCUUCUUGAACUUUAUUGUCCUUUUUUAAUUAGUUUAUUUUAUUCUUAUGCCACUAGUUUAAUUAUACCUCUCAGAAUCUUAUUUAUUCAAUAUUUCUACUUCUACUCUUUUCCUUCUAUUUUCCUCGUUUCUUAAUGUUUCCUCUCCAUCUUAUUCUGCCCUAGUUGGCCUGACGCUCGACAUCCUAAAUUUAAGUUAGUCUCGCUUGCUUGCGUGCUUCAUGAUAAUGAACUUUUUCUUCUUUUUCACCGAAUGAAAAAUAUUACUUCGAAUCUCGUGUUUUUAUUUUUCCCUCCAUAUUUAUUACCUUGUCGCCCUGUAGGUUUGGAGCCGGACCACACUGUUCACCUAGUCCGUGGGUCUGCAUCAUCUCCGCCUGCUGCUGCACCAGCAGGAACCAAUACCAAUGCAUCAAGAGCCUCCGCCGACACCCAGGGCACCGGAAGGAAUGCCGGUCCUAAUGAGGGUGGGGGCUUCGGAGGGGGCAUAUUUGGAACUUCUCUGUUCCCGGGCCUCAGUCCCGCUGGACUGGGUGGCAAUGCCCCAUCAGGCCUAUUUGGAGCUGGGUUCCCGGAAUUUGACCAGGUCCAGCAGCAGCUCACUCAGAACCCCAACAUGAUGAGGGAGAUCAUGAACCUGCCCGCCAUCCAGAACCUGAUGAACAACCCCGACUUGAUGCGGAACCUGAUCAUGGCCAAUCCCCAGAUGCGGGAGAUCAUCGACCGGAACCCGGAUCUGGCCCAUAUUCUGAACGACCCCAGCACCCUCCGGCAGACGCUGGAGGCCGCGAGGAAUCCCGAGCUUAUGAGGGAGAUGAUGCGGAACACAGACCGCGCCAUGAGCAACAUCGAGUCCUCCCCUGAAGGUUUCAACAUGCUCCGCCGCAUGUACGAGACCGUCCAAGAACCCUUCUUGAACGCGACCACAAUGGGGGCUGAUGCUGGAGCUGCCGCUGGGUCGAACCCCUUCGCCGCCCUCCUUGGCGGCGCCCAGAACAGAGACAGAGCAGCUGACCCAUUGGCUGCCGGAGAGACCACCACCGAAUCUCCCGCCCCAAACACCAACCCGCUCCCUAAUCCGUGGGGCGCUCCUGGUAGUUGCUUACUCUAAUUUCACAUCCGCCAUCGAUUGCCCCGGUCUUUGUUUUUUGCUCUCAACUUUCUGUUUCUACAGCCGGUGGGGCGCCGACAGCCAAUGCGAGGGCGCCACCUCCUGCGGCGGAGACAAGGCUGCCUGGGCUUGGGGGCCUUGGUUUCCCAGACAUGGAGCAGAUGGUCAACGGAAUGCAGGACCCGGCGCUCUUGAACCAGGUCUUGCAGAACCCGGCCAUGUCGAAUAUCAUGCAGAGUCUUCUCUCCAACCCCCAGUACUUGAACCAGGUGGGUGUUGGGCCCGCUUGCUGGGUAAAACUCUCGCCUAGCUGUGCUUCGUCUUACUUGGUUUACUUUUCCUCGUUAGAUCCUCGGGCUCAAUCCCCAGAUGCGCAGCCUGCUCGAGUCCAAUACCCAGCUGAGGGAGAUGCUGCAGAAUCCAGAGUUUCUCCGGCAACUGACUUCGCCUGAAACAGUGCAGGUGCCCCUCUCGAGCUCUUUCUUUCUCCUCGCGUUUUUCUUCUCUCCUCUCUCUUGCCUGACUAACUCCCCUCCCUGGUUCCUGCGUGACCGUUGUGUCAUUUCCUCCAUGUUCCAGCAACUGCUCACCCUCCAGCAGUCUCUCAUGUCCCUUGGGAGACAGCAACCAGGCCAGUAAGUCCCCCUUCUCUCUCCCUCUCUCUCUGUCUCUCGCUAAAACUAUUUAUAUUUAUAUUGAACUAAAUGGGUACAUCGAGAUGACAUGGUUGAAGAAUUUCCAUUUCUUGGCGGUUUUACUUUUCUUUUGGGCUGAAAGAUUAUUCAUCUCUCAGAGAAUUGACGGCCAAGGUUACUAAGCGGAAUAUGUAUGUUUUUUGUCUCAGGGGACAAAACCAGACGGGAGCCGGCGCAGGUAACUUAGAUGACGAAUAAUCCAGAUUUCAUCGUACAAACCCGAUGAGAUAUUUGCUGUUCGUCGUGGGAUUGUGGGCACGGAAACCAUAUUUGAACCGCCCCCCAUCGUAUCUUCUUAUUUUCGUCGCCAUUUCUGGCUGAAGCAGCCAGCUGCCCUUGGCUUCACCCUCAUCGCCAUUAAAUUCUCCUCUUCUCGGGUCGUCUGUGAUUGCAGGCGGGCUGAACAACGGCGGUGGACUGGAUCUGCUGAUGAACAUGUUUGGGGGUCUCGGCGCCGGCAGUUUCACCGCCCCCGCGGGCCCAGAAGGUCAGUAAACUCCAUCUCCUCCUUUCGUUCCCGUUUCUCUCUCUACGACUUCUUCUCCGGGCCUCAGUAGGACUGACAAGUCUUCUUCUUCUUCUUCUGUGCAGUGCCACCGGAGCAGCUCUAUGCGACGCAGCUGUCUCAGCUCCAGGAAAUGGGCUUCUUUGACACUCAGGAGAAUAUCCGCGCACUGAGGGCCACCGCAGGGAACGUCCACGCCGCCGUGGAGCGCCUUUUAGGGAAUCCUGGGCAGUAA